AGUAUCCCCCCAAUAAAUACACUUUCCAUUGACCUUACACAUUCACACCCAUUUCUCUCUCACCAGUCACACAGCUCCACACUCAUCAACUCUCAAAUCUCUCGCCGGAAAACACCCUCCUCCCCACCCAAUUUCGCCGCACAGUCCCCACCAUUCUUCCACCUCCACCACCACCACCACCACCCAAAAUGCAAACCCAUCUUCCGAUUGAGUCCCUUCUUACAUAGAUAUACAUAUACUUACUUUACAUACCCAAAAACCCAAAUGGGUUGCUGUGUCAGUACCCCCAACAAACCCGCCAUAGCUCCCAACCACCACCACCCCCAUUCCUCCUCCGUAAGAUCCAACAUUCCCCACCACUCCAAGGCUGCGCCACCGCCGGAAGAAGAGACGGUGAAGGAAGUACUAUCCGAGACUCCGACUCCGAAACCCCACGUUCCUAAAAUCGUUGAAGACGACGAAGAGAAGAAGAUUGGAUCGAACCCAGCACCGAUUCAUAAGAUCCGAGAAGAAGAGAACAACAUCAACAACAACAACAACAACAAUGUCGACAAAUUGGAGACGCCAUUAAUGAUGAUCACUACUACUACUACAGAGGAGGUCUCAGAGGUCUCUGAGAUUUGUAGCUUGAGCGAGAGCCUCUCCACUGUGACGACGGAGAAGAGAGAGGACGAGGUCAGAUCGCCGGCCAAGUUCCGAAACAGAGCAAUUUCCGGCGAGAGGAGAGAAAUUGGUAGAACUCCGGCGAGAAGAUCGGAUCCCUCUCCUGGUCGGGUCAGAUCGGUGCCCGGAAGAGAGCGACGCCCGGCGGUGGCGGCGGAAGGGAGGAGGCGGGAUUUGGGGGAGAGCUCCGGGCGGCGGUCGAGGUCGCCGGCGACGCGUGCGGCGGAGACUGGUGGCGCUGGGAGAGCGGGUGUGGGUCGGAGUCCGUCGGGUAGGAAAACCGGGAAGAGUCCGGUCCGGGAGAGAUCCGAAGUGAAUGAGAAGACCCGUAAACCCGAAGAGGACACGUGGCUAUCACCGACGACAACGAACGAGUCACUUGAAAACCCGCUUGUGUCCCUGGAAUGUUUCAUAUUUCUAUAGGGUCAUUUUGUAAUUUUGAACAAUAUUGGGGGUCAUUUUUGGAAUGACGUAGGACCAAAAAAUGUUAUUGCUUUGUUUAUUUGUCUCAACCUAAUCAAAAGUCAAUGCUAAAAUUUUUGGUAGACGAAA